AUGCAAAAGUUGAAGAAAAAGGGUGAAGCGAAGAGAAGGGCAGGCCCGGCAGCAGCCAGCAGCCGGGGAGAGGCGACGAGGACAUUGUUCCAGCCUCUCGGGUGGGGUUCUGCGGGGGGAGGGGACGCGGUAGCCGUCCCAGGGGACCUGUGCAUCAGCGCGUUCAAGCGCCAGGGCUUUGUGAAGUGUCUUGAGUCACCAUGGAAAUCCGAAGGAACGCGGAGAAGGGCGCCCGGGGUCGGCUGGUUCUCGGGCCGCGCCCUUCGUCCCCUCUCGGACCCUGGCCCCGCGGCAGGGCCUGUCGGGAGUUGUAGUCCCCAGGCGGUGGCCGCGCGCGGCGCCGAGGAUGCAGGGCGCCGCCGGUCCCCGCCUCCCCCUAACCUGCUAGCGCGAGGUGGGGAGCGCUGGGGAGGAGCUGUCGCUCCGGUGAUUGGCGGAGGCCUCCUCCAGCCCCCACCCAAGUCCCCUCCCCCGCUCGCGGCUUCGGACUCCGAAGCCCCCGCGCGCCAAGGCGGCGAUCAAGCGAGCGCGCGUGCAGCCGCGCCGCCCAGAGCACCCGCAGCGCCGGCGCCGCGGCGAGACAGGAGGAGAACCCACCCACCGACAGAACCCCACAGCCGCGGCAUCCCGGAGGAGUGGGUGAUGGCAGGGAGGGCGGUGGGCUUAUUCUCCCCGGGCUGGGACGUCCAUCUCAGACAGUCUGCUUCUCUGGGAGGAGCACAAUAG